AUGGUGAGCCGAAUGGGGUGGGGGGGGAGCAGGGGGCAGCUGGGGCGGUGGGGAGACCUGGGGCCCAGCUCAGUGCCUCUGCUCCCCAUGCCACUGCCUCCUCCUGCUCCUCCUUGUCGGGGGCCUGGGGGAGGGAGGAUCUCUGUCUUCUCUCUGUCACCUGCUCCUCAUUCAAGAAGCUCCCCCUCUUCACUGUUCCCUCCUGUCCUGGGGUCCCCUUGCCCUGCACUGCAGGGGACAGGGACUUCUCAGUCUCGACACAGUGUCCUCCCUACCCCAGCCACCCCCUCACCUCAGACACAGCCUGCAAUGACAUCCACCUCUGUCCCCUCUUGGGGAUCCCACUCCACCCCAUCCCUGGCCUCGGUCACUCCCCCUCCCUCACGUUGGUGCCCCCAGGACCCUCCUGGGCUGCGGAUAGGUCCUCUGAUCCCUGAGCAGGAUUAUGACCAACUGGUGGACUGUGACCCUGAGGGAUCCCAAGACUCACCCCUCCAUGGGGAGGACCAGCAACCCCUGCUUCAUGUGCCUGAAGGGCUCCGGGGCUCCUGGCAUCACAUCCAGAACCUGGACAGCUUCUUCACCAAGAUCUACAGUUACCACCAGCGGAAUGGCUUCGCCUGUAUCCUGCUAGAGGAUGUCUUCCAGCUGGGACAAUUCAUCUUCAUUGUCACCUUCACAACCUUCCUCCUUCGCUGUGUCAAUUACAAUGUUCUCUUUGCCAACCAACCAAAUAACCGUACAAGACCUGGGCCAUUCCACAGCAAAGUGACCUUGUCAGAUGCCAUCUUACCCUCAGCCCAGUGUGCAGAGAGGAUCCACGACAGCCCCCUGCUGGUCUUCCUCCUGGUCCUGGCUGCUGGCUUCUGGCUGUUCCAGCUGCUUCGCUCAGUCUGCAACCUCUUCAACUACUGGGACAUCCAGGUGUUUUACAGGGAGGCCCUACACAUCUCCCCGGAGGAGCUCAGCUCGGUGCCCUGGGCAGAGGUGCAGUCACGCCUUCUGGAACUGCAGCGGAGCGGAGGAUUGUGCGUGCAGCCGCGGCCGCUGACAGAGCUGGAUGUCCACCACCGCAUCUUGCGCUACACCAACUACCAGGUGGCGCUGGCCAACAAGGGCCUGCUGCCGGCCCGCUGCCCGCUGCCUUGGGGAGGCAGUGCAGCUUUCCUUAGUCGCGGCUUGGCGCUCAACAUCGACUUGCUCCUCUUUCGCGGUCCCUUCUCCCUCUUCCGCGGGGGCUGGGAGCUGCCCGACGCCUACAAGCGCAGAGACCAACGGGGCGCCCUCGCUGCGCACUGGGGGCGCACGGUGCUGCUGCUGGCCGCCGUGAACCUGGCGCUGAGUCCGCUGGUGCUGGCCUGGCAGGUGUUGCACGCCUUCUACAGCCACGUGGAGCUGCUGCGGCGCGAGCCCGGCGCGUUCGGGACUCGCCGUUGGUCCCGCCUGGCGCGCUUGCAGCUGCGCCACUUCAACGAGCUGCCGCACGAGCUGCGUGCUCGCCUGGCCCGCGCCUACCGGCCGGCUGCCGCCUUCCUGCGUGCGGCCGAGCCUCCUGCGCCUCUGCGUGCGCUGCUGGCCCGCCAGCUCGUCUUCUUCGCCGGAGCGCUCUUUGCCGCGUUACUGGUGCUCACUGUCUACGACGAGGACGUGCUUGCCGUGGAGCACGUGCUCACCACCAUGACAGCGCUCGGGGUCUUGGCCACCGUAGCAAGAUCUUUCAUUCCUGAAGAGCAAUGCCAGGGGCGUUCCCCUCAGCUCCUGCUGCAGGCGGCCCUGGCCCACAUGCACUACCUCCCGGAGGAGCCUGGCGCGGGCUGCAGGGCCAGCGCCUACUGGCAGAUGGCGAAGCUGCUGCAGUACCGAGCGGUCUCCCUUCUGGAGGAGCUCCUGUCCCCCCUCCUUACCCCGCUGUUUCUGCUCUUCUGGUUCCGACCUCGUGCUCUGGAGAUUAUUGACUUUUUUCAUCACUUCACCGUGGAUGUGGCCGGUGUUGGGGACAUCUGUUCCUGCCUUAUGGAUGUGAAGCGCCAUGGCCACCCUCAGUGGCUCUCUGAGGGACAGACCGAGGCCUCAUUGUCUCAACGUGCUGAGGACGGAAAGACAGAGCUCUCCUUGAUGAGGUUCUCCCUAGCACAUCCACAAUGGCGCCCUCCAGGGCACAGCUCUAAGUUCCUUGGGCAGCUUCGGGGCCGUGUACAACAAGAUGCAGCUGCCUGGGGUGGUACCUCAGCCCGCAGCCCCCCAACCUCGGGGGUGCUCAGUGACUGCACCUCACCUCUGCCGGAAGCCUUCCUGGCCAACCUCUUGCCCCCGAGGGACCUGAGCCCCACAGCCCCCUGCCCAGCUGCUGCUACUGCCAGCCUCCUUGCCUCCAUUUCCCGCAUUGCCCAGGACUCCAGUUGUGUGUCCCCAGGAGGCACUGGGGGCCAGAAGCUGGCCCAGCUCCCAGAGCUUGCUUCUGCUGAAAUGAGUCUUCAUGCCAUCUAUCUGCACCAGCUUCAUCAGCAGCAGCAGCAAGAACUGUGGGGGGAGGCUUCAGCCUCCUCCCCAUCCAGGCCCUGGUCCAGCCCCUCGCAGCCAGCCUCACCUGAAGAGGAGAAGCCAUCUUGGUCAAGUGAUGGUUCCAGUCCUGCCUCCAGUCCCAGACAGCAGUGGGGAACCCAGAGGGCCCAGGCUCUGUUCCUAGAAUUUCAGGAGACCACAGAUCCCCAGAAAGAGCCUGGCCAUACCCCUUGCACUGACUGA